AUGGUGGAUUACCACAACUGCAAAAUGCUGGGCGACGAGGAAUUCGAGCCGCGGUCGCACUCGGAGAUGACGAAAGCGGAAUUGAGGAAGAGCAACAAGCCAAUAAUGGAAAAGCGACGACGCGCUCGAAUCAAUCAAAGCCUCGACGAAAUGAAGUCUCUCAUCCUCGACGCAAUGAAGAAAGACCCGACCCGACACUCCAAGCUGGAGAAGGCCGAUAUUCUGGAGAUGGCGGUGAAGCACAUACAGACGGUGCACCGGCAGCAAUUGAGCGCGGCCAUGGCGACCGAUCCGGCGGUGCUAACGAAAUUCCGUUCCGGAUUUUCCGAAUGUGCUACGGAAGUAUCGCGGUACGUCAGCCAGCUCGAGAACGUCGAGCCGGUCGUGAAGCAACGAUUGGUAUCGCACUUGAACAACUGCGUGAGCAAUCUCCAGCAAAUGGCGCCGUUCUACAGCCACUACGUGCCCUACAUGCCGGAACGUCUCUACCCGGAAGUAAAGGUCGGCUUCCAGAGCGAUUUCCAGAAUGGGGAUGAGAACAACAACGGCAGCGCGAGGAUACAGAUACCGAACGGGGUGCAGCUGAUUCCCAGCCGACUGCCGACCGGCGAGCUGGCGCUCCUCGUGCCGCAAUCCGCCAACAUCUCGGCGAAUUUUCCCUUCUUCCCGCCGGCCGCCGGCGACUCGAGGAUCGGCCAAUCCUCGGCCUUCACCGCGGUCCAAAGGCCGCACAGCCCGUUGCUCAGCCCGUCGACCUCCACGUCCAGCUACGGCGACGAGAGCCACCAUUCGGAGCAUUAUCCGCAAUCGCUGUCGCCCAACCAUCAGCAACCGCAACGUCGCAGCUUCAAGCUUACCGAGCAGAGCCCGGCGUCCUCCAAGAGCUUCUCCUCCUCGCCGGAGGCGCAGAAACCGCAGAUCAGCUCCAGCAGCGACCGAAAAUCGCCGAUCGCAUUCGCCGAGCCUAGACUCGUCGACACUGGCGUAGCGAUCGUCAGGAAAGACCCGUCGGCCGAUGACACGGCGAAUCACGGCCUCGCGACCCUCAGUCUGCGGCAACCCCUCUCGGUGAUCACGGACAAAAUCACGUACAAUCGCAGCCCGAAUUGCUCGAAGCGAGACAACCCGAAGAAACGCCAUUCCACCGGGCUCCUCGCGAUCUCGAGCAAGAAACCGCGAUACCAAGAAGCCACCAGCUCCACCUCCUCGAUGAACAACGCCGGCGACGCGACGAAAAGUACGAACGAGCGGACGGCGCAGGGCCCGGAGAGCCCGAAUUGUCGGAACUCCGAUCAAAAUUCUGACAAAUUCCCGAUGAGCCUGGCGGGUCCCUCCGCCGCCAACGGCGAUAUGUGGAGGCCUUGGUGAGAUCACCGCCGCGAAAAUCACAUACCAGUAAUACACCUUAAGACUGACCGAUUUGUUUCGUAACAUGAAAGGAUGAAAGGGAACUUAGUUAUUAGAUGGAUUUUUGCCUUGAUUUCUGAUCGUCCGGGAAUGUAACUCGCGAUUCACCGAUGACGAUGCGUCGCGUCGUUUCGUUUCGUCGCUCGUUGAUAAUCCACGGAAAUUAAUCGCAGAUCCUUAGCACGGCUCGCGUGAUAUGUAUUUGUAAAUGGAGCCGCGCUCUGUGAGUAACACGUUAAGGAGUACUUUAUCGAGGAUAAGCGAGAUUAUGCCAGAGACAAUACACCGAGAGAAUACACCGAGGAAGCGUAAUAAUAUUUUAAAAUUACACUUUUGUGACAAAGUCAUGUAAGAAACUCCGAGGAAGAACAGUUCUACGGGCGGGAUAGUCGUCGCAUUCCUCAGCGUACUGUUACUUGUAUCCUCCUCACUCUACGAAUACUCGUAAGCUUUAAGUAGGCUAAACAAGAUUUAAAUGAAUCCGCGAGAAGAGCCGAUGAAUUGUGAAUACCCGUGUAAAUAUCUGUAUUUUUAUUUAAUUGACACUAUAUAAAAAAACCAUCCGUAUCGAAUAAUUUAAUUCU